GCCUCCUCACCUUCACCGCCUUCUCUGCUCCGAGCAGCUCCUCUACCGCGCUGCUAUCCGCGAUGCCCGCAUCGCUGCUGCAGCCCCUGCUGGCGGCACUCGUGCCGCUCGACGGCGGCGACGGCGACUCGCCGCUGCCGAACGACCCGCGCCGGCCGUUCGAGGGCCCGUGGCUGCAGCAGCAGCUCUUCCUCUCGCUCGGCAUCGGUCUCACGUCGCUGCUGCUCUUCUCGCUCAGCCGCCGCCGCUACCCGACGCUCUUUGCGCCACGCACAAAGCUGGCCGGCUUCACGCCGCAUGUCGCAAACCUGGACGCGGGCGUCUUUGCGUGGAUCAUGCCGACGCUGCGCACGCCGGAGCCGCGCAUCCUCCACAUCGUCGGCCUGGACGCCGCCGUGCUGCUGGCGUUCUUCAAGACAUGCUUCUGGGUGCUCACAGUGCUGAGCCUGUGGUCAUGUGCGGUGCUCAUGCCCGUCAACUGGCACCACAACGGCUCCAUCGACGGCGUGCGCCCAUCAGACGAGCAAAGAAACGCCACGGCGAGCGCGUUGCCUGCCGGUCUGCCCACGCCUGGCGGACCAUUCCCCUGGUCGCCACCGCGCUUCUCUGCGUACCACUUCACGCACCUGCUCACGAUCUACGUAACGUCGUUCGUCGUGCUGCGCGCCAUGGCCAAAGGUGGCCGCAAGUUCAUCCGCAAUCGGCAGCUCUACGCUCUCGACCUGCUCGCGUCCAUCCCUGCCCGAACAGUCGAGCUGCGCGCUCUUCCUGAGCACCUGCGCGACGAGCGCGCGCUCGCGGAGUACUUCGAGGCAUGCGGCCUGGCAGUGGAGAGCACGGCGGUGGGCCGUGAGGUCGGCAACCUGGCGGAUCUGCUCCAGCGCCGCGCCGAGAAGCUGUACGCGCUGGAGCGCGCAUGGUGUCAGUGGCUGGGCAACCCGACGCAGGCCGAGGGCUACGAUCCCGAUGCCGUCGCUGAGGCUCUGCAAGCACGAGCCGCGCAGCUCUUCGCGCAGGGCGCAGAGGCGCAUGGCACCUCGCGCAGGCUCACUCCGGGAGACCUCGAACGCACUCCGCUCCUCUCGGGCGGCGCUAAUGUUGCCGGAUUGCCCAAGGCGCUGGGUGACAUUCAGCCGAAGUCGAGCAAGCCGUGCCCGACGCAGCGUGUCAACUGGUUCAACCCCUUCAGCAAGCGCGUCGACUCGCUCGACAAGCUCGCCGUCGAGUUCUACGCGCUGGAUCAGUCUGUCCGCCGGGCAAGGAGCAAGGAGCGUCCCAGCGCGUCUGGCGGCUACGUGACAUUCGUCGAUGCGGCCAGUGCGCAAAUCGCAGCGCAGACGGUGCACUAUCCGAUCCCCGGCUACUGCAAGACGUCGCUGGCGCCUGAGCCGCGCGACAUCAUCUGGUCGAACGUCUCGCUGGCACCGCUCGAGCGCCGCUUGCGCCAGCUGCUCGUCUCGGCGUUCACCUUCACGCUCUUCGUCUUCUACAUUCCGCCGCUCACCUUCCUCGCCUCGUUCCUGAGCCCGGGAGCCAUCCGGCGCUACAUUCCGUGGCUGUGGGCGAUCAUCGAGAAGAACCAGCGCCUCGAGGCACUCGUGUCCACGUCGCUGCCGUCCGUGGUCUUGAUCGCCUUCAACAACCUGCUGCCGCUCAUCCUCGAGUGGACCGCCUACCUCCAGGGCCUGCGCGCGAAGAGCCUGGUCGAGCUCAGCGUCCUCAAGCGCUACCACCUCUUCCUGCUGAUCUCGGUCAUCUUCAUCUUCCUCAUCACGCGCACGCUCUGGGGUGUCAUUGCAGACCUGGCCAACAACCCUGCGCGCGUGCUCGAGAAGGUCGCGCAGUCGCUGCCCGGUGCCCGCAACUUCAGCCUCUCCUACGUGGUCCUGCAGUCGCUCGCCGUCAUCCCGCUGCAGCUGCUGCAGCUGCCGCUCAUCCUGAUGCGCGCCUGGGGCCGCCUCUUUGCACGCACGCCACGCGAGCACGCCGAGCUCAACGCGCCGCCGCAGCUGUACGCCGGCAGUGUCUACCCGGCCGCGCUCAUCGUCUUCACGCUGUCGGUGGUGUACAGCAUCGUCUCGCCGCUCAUCACCAUCUUCGGCGCACUCUACUUUGGCCUGGGCUAUGUCGUGUUCAAGUACAAGCUGCUCUUCGUCUUCUACAAGGCGUACGAGUCCAAGGGCCAGGCAUGGCCGCUCUCGUCGCGCCGCUGCAUUUGGGCGCUCGGCAUCUUCCAGGUGUUCCACAUCGGCCUCUUCUCCGUGCGCAAGCAGCUCUUCCUCUCAUUCCUCUGCCUGCCCGUCCUCAUCACGACGGUCUGGUACGGCCGCCACAUGAGCAAGCAGUUCAGCGGCCUGGAGGAGCACAUCAACCUGUCCAGCAUCACCGAGGUCGCACGCCAGGACUCGCAGGCGGCAGGCAUGCCGACCGGCACGGUCAUCAACCCGCUCCUCGCUCUCCGCGCCGACAACCACGCGCCAGAUGACGAUCAGACCGCGCUUGCACGCCGGCGCUAUGCUGCCAAGGACGAGACGCUGUUUGUCGCUCAGCGCGACACGCACACCGACUACCGCGAGCCGCCGGCCGCGGGAUACUACACGGGCACCCUCGACACUGGUCGCCGACGCUACGGCCACCCGGCACUCACGGGCAAGCUGCCUGAGCCGUGGCUGCCCAUCCCGGCAGAAGAGGCUGCGGCUCGAGAGUCGCUCGGCGCGUCCAGCCCCGAGGAGAUUGCUACGGCCGCCCGCGCCGGCACAGCCGAGGGCAUGCCGGGCGGCAGUGGUGUCCGCCUCAACGUCUCGGCCAUCUCAAAGAAGAGCGACGUGCUCGUGCUCAGCCUUCGGCGCCGCAAGAGCUCGCUGCUCAAGCGUGGCCGCAUGCCGCCGCUGGCCCGCUCCAAGAGCACUCUCUCGACGGUCUCGACACCCGCCGGCGACGCACUCGACCGCGCCGGCCCGAGCAGCACGAUGCCCGCCGACGACGCCGAGGGCAUCUGGGGCAACGUGGACGAGGGACCGCGCGGCACUGGGCCCGGCGCCGCGAUCGGCGAGGCCAUUUCAGGCGUCGAGAGCGUGGCGCCGGCGCGCCGCCGUGCUGGCGGCCUGAACGAGACGCUACCGGCUGUGAUCGUGCGUGAGGAGCCAGACGAGCAGCGCACCGACGCAGGCGACGCCGCUGAGGAGGACGAGGAGGACGAAGAUGAGGACGAGUAUGAGGGCGUGUACGUGCACCGCCGGCCGCGCCAACUGCCCGGCAGCUUCCCGGGAGCGGGAGGUGACGGCGACGGCGACGACGACUGAUGGCGCAGACAGCCCGCCUCAGCCACGAAUAACGACUCCCUUACCAUUCCCCUACCGCGCUGCUCGACGCCAGACUGAGGGUGAUGCACGGCGUGUUCAAUUGAUCCUGAUAAUCUCCC